AUGCUUUUCCAUGAGUUUGCAAAUAUAUUAAAUUUCUCUUUCGUCAACGACCGUAUACUCUCCAUCUCCGGACAGGGCUGUGGUUGCUCAUGCGGGUCCGGCCGCUCUGGCAGUUACAGCAGCUCGGGCUCUAUUGGCUCCAGCUCCGUCAGCGCCAACUCCAUCACCAUCCAGAAUAGCGGCGGCGACCUCCUCGUCACCAGCGUCGGCCCCAUUUCCCCCUCCGGCAUCGCCGUCUCCUCCGAGCUCAGCCUGAACGGAGACUUGGACGUUAACGGACAACUGCCGUUCCUGAGCGCCGUGCAGUUCUCUGGCGAAUACGACACCAGCGGCUCGGCGUGCGUGGACUACAGCUGCGGCACCUGCGGGAACGUGGCCAUCACCAGCGUGCAGGGCGGCUCCAGCUCCGGCUGCGGCUGCGGCUGCGGUCGCUAAGAACACUAUUAGUCGACGACUUGAUAACUUCAAGCU